CCUUUGUGUCGUUUGUUUUCUGGCUGUAAACACAGCCUACACACGGAACAGAGCCGGAGACUAUGGGCUCCUGCAGGAAGGUACAUCGCUGUUAAUGGGGAAACUUGUAUGAUAACGUCCAUUAGUCCCGCGGCUGACUCUUUAGCCUAGCAGGGAGAGUCCGGAAGAAAAGCCAGUGUCUGGUUGUUUCACUGUAAGGAGGACGGAGACAGCCAAUCCGCGCUUGUCGGCGACCAUGGCAUCGGCGACCGUUGUGGAGGCUGAUCCGUCGGCAAACGAAGGCGGCGCUGCUUUUACUGGCGUCCCGAACUGGGACUGGGAUGAGUCUCAGCUCCGAAAAUAUUCUUUCCCAACCAAGCCCAUUCCGAGACUGUCUCAUACGGACCCCAGAGCAGAGAUGUUAAUAAGCAACGAGGAACCAGUGGUUUUAACAGACACAAACCUUGUGUAUCCAGCUCUCAAAUGGGACAUUGCAUAUCUGCAGGAGAACAUUGGAAAUGGAGACUUUUCUGUUUACACUGCAGAAAACCACAAAUUCCUCUACUAUGAUGAGAAGAAAAUGGCAAAUUUUGAGAACUUUGUCCCCAAGUCACAACGAAUGGAAAUGAAAUUCUCUGAAUUUGUGGAUAAAAUGCAUUUAAUGGAGGAAAAAGGUGGAGAGGAGAGGGUAUAUUUGCAGCAGACCCUGAAUGACACGGUAGGGAAGAAGAUUGUUGUUGACUUCCUUGGUUUCAACUGGAACUGGAUCAACAAGCAGCAAGCCAAGAGAAACUGGGGACAGCUGACAUCCAACCUGCUGCUCAUAGGCAUGGAGGGCAAUGUGACACCAGCACAUUACGACGAGCAGCAGAACUUCUUUGCACAGAUCAAAGGCCAUAAGAGGUGCAUCCUCUUCCCUCCAGACCAGUUUGAGUGUCUCUAUCCAUACCCUGUGCACCACCCCUGUGACAGACAGAGCCAAGUUGAUUUUGAUCAUCCUGAUUUUAAGACGUUUCCCAAUUUUAAAAAUGUUGUUGGCUAUGAGGCUGUUGUGGGCCCAGGAGAUGUGCUCUACAUCCCGAUGUAUUGUGCAGGAGGGAUUACAAACAAAAGAACAAGACCCAAAUCCAGCAGUACAUUUUUGGGGAAGCUGUACCUACUUAGAAGCCACUCUGUGCCCUCGGCAAGCAGAUCAGCGCGAUCUUUGAGCGCAUUGUUUGCCAAGUCUUCCCAUAACGCAAGAGGUGCCUCCACACCCAAGAGGAUAGAGUACCCCCUGAGGGCUCACCAGAAGGUGGCCAUCAUGAGAAAUAUUGAGAAAAUGCUGGGAGAAGCACUUGGAGAUCCACAUGAGGUUGGACCUUUACUGAAAACGAUGAUCAAGGGGCGAUAUGACCAUGAUCUCGGUUAGAGCGCCACUCUUAAAAGAGUGACCUGGACUGCGGUGCAAUCUUUUUGCCGCGUGAAAGUGAGACUGCUGCAUGCGUAAUGCGCAUUCUGGCUUUUUUAAGCAUACGUAUCACUGCACGGCAAUAAGCAGCCACCUGAAAACCAUUCUGCUUCAGUUGUCUCCGAGUGCCAUGGUCAUUGCAAAUACAUCUAUCACAGAAGAAACAUUGGACUAACUCAGUGGAAUUCCACCUACUUGAAGAAGUCUUUUUAAAAAAAAUCUUUUGUCUUUGAAAAGAAGGCCUCAUUUGGAUUAAGUCUAGAUAUAUUUAUGUAAAUCAGUGUUCUCUCAACAUUCUUAAUUCAAGCUAGUGGGUUUUUGGGUGCAUGCAAAUGAAGUUGUAAGAUCGGUACCUUUGGGACAACCUCAAUAUUUUGACCACUAAUGGAUGAGUCAAAGGGUAUUACAUAUACAGUACACAUCAGUUAGAUACUUUCUUAUAUACAUGUUCUAACACAGUUAUGGAUUGAUUCCUUAGUGUGGAGUGAUCAUAUUGUAUUCUCCAUCUUUAGCACUAAUACAGCUUUAAAACUGUUUUGGUUCAUACCUCUAAAGUUGACAGGUUUUUUAAGGGUCUUCUAUAAAUAUAUCCACAUAAUCUGCAUUAUCUCCACUCCUACUUACAUGGUUUUGGGGAGUGAGCAGCAAGAAUUUUCUGUUGCAAAGAAGACAGCAUAGGCACGGUAAUAAAACAUAAGUACAGUGAUUUUAAAACUGAUGAAAUAUGUGUGGGUGGGGAAAAAAGGGGGCUCGUAUAUUCAGCUGAAGGAGUAUGUGACUGCUUGCAGCUAAACUGUUUACCUGAGCGACGCUGCUUUGUGUUUAUACAUGCUCUUGCUUGUUUGAUUUGUUUGACUUUAUUGAAUGUGCUAUUCUGCGUACCAGUAAUGAGGGUAAGAUGAGGGGCACUGGAAAUAAAUGACAUACUGCAAUUUUAGUUGCAAAUACAGGUAACUUAAAUAAAUAAAAUAAAAUACAGUAAGCCACUGUUGUUGGGAAGAUUUUUCAGAGGAAUUACCAGUGAUGUUUUCUUAGGAAUAUGAUGGUUAAAACUGUAAAAGUGGUUAACUUGAACUGCUUAAAUGAUAGAUUUAUGUAAAAAUGUUAUCAAUGCACUGAACUAGCAGGACCAUCUGCUGGGAUGUAGCUUAUGUACCAGCCAUUGCAGCGCAACACAAUGUACCAUCUAGUGGUGAAGUUGUAUAGUUACCUGGUCCAUGCACUAUACUGCUGCAAUACAAAUAUUCAACGUGCUAUAUUGAACGCAGCAGAUCUGGGAUGAAAUGACAAAAGUCUAAUUUCAGUUGGAAACGUGUACUUGGUCAGUGAUCCUCAGACAUGCACUUAUUUUUACUCACAUGCAGCCAUAUUUUGAAGACCUUAAAGAGAGCAAGAUGGCGGUUUCUGUGCACAUUUAAAGUGCUCUCCUGAACUGUUGUAAAAAAUAUACAUUGAACAAAAAGAGGAUAAUUUCACGUUGUGCUGUAUGUGCCAAACCAACAUACAAAGCAGUAGAUGGGUAUCUGUAUUCAGAAAGGAAUAUCCAUGCACUAAAUUUACCAGGAAUACACGUUCAGGUGUUUUGUUAUGAUUAACCUUUAGAUUGUUGAUAACGUGCAUAUCUAUUUCUUACAAAUUGCACAAUGAUGGAACAGGGAUACUUCCUCUGUAAAAUAAUGACAUACCUGAUGUGGGACUGAUGUUUCAUCUCUCUCUUAAAUUGCUAGGUUAACCCUGUUUACUGUAUGUGCCUUGUUUAAAAGCGGCAUGGCACUAAAUGUUGCAACAACUUGAUUUGGAAUUUUUUUUAUUUUAUGGUCAAAAUGUUUUCACUCUGGCAUUAAAUCGCUUUAAAGGUAGGAUUGACAUGGUUCAUAGCGAUCAAGGCAUGUUUUUAUUGAUGGAUGCCUGUUUUCAACGUACAGUAUGUGCUCUCCUUGUUCCUCUGAUUAAAGUUUGUUUGCAAAGUUCUA